UUGAAACCAUUAGCGUGGAAAUAGUUUGUUAAGUGGCCAACGAGCGAAAAUGGAUGCCCAUCGAGAAGCAAUUCAGAAACAAAUUCACCAAGACUGGGCCAACCGAGAGUACAUCGAGGUGAUAACGGCCAGCAUCAAACGCAUCACGGACUUCCUGAACUCGUUCGACAUGUCCUGCCGGUCACGGCUAGCGGUGCUGAACGAGAAGCUGACCACGCUGGAGCGAAGAAUCGAUUAUCUGGAGGCGUGCGUCACGAAAGGCGAAACGUUGCAAUAGUAGUAACCAAUCAACAUCCCGUCCCGGGACCAUAACAAACCUUCUUCUGCCCGAUCCGCCGUCGCAGCAGCCGGGCUGGCCGACCCCGCGUUGCGUUGUUGUAGACAACCAGCCGUGACCGACGUGUGUUCAACGGGAUGCUGAUUUCAUAAAGGUUUAUCAAAGCAACCGAGGCAUGGGUGUCGACAGCGCGAGUAGUGAUAGAGAGUGAGAGCAUGUGCUAGGGAAGGGAGAUAUCUCCAGCAAAGGGCAAGCGUGGAAUGGACAUUGGCUCGAUCCUUGCCGAUCGCAACGAGCCUUUUGAUAGCGUUUAUUUAUACGUUUCGUUUGGCUUCAUACCGUUCUUUCUAGGUUAAUAGAUUUCGCAGCGCAAAAAAGGCACUUCUACAUCCGCAAAAAUGGCGGGCGUUUUGAUAUUCAGUUCUCUCUGCCGUCAUCAUGUCACCUCACCAGAAGCUAGGGACUAGGUUAAAAGUUCGAUAAAUGAAAAAAAUAAAUAUUUAACUUU